AAGCAUCGAAGACAGCACCCGGCAGCGGUGGAACGGUAUCGGAGUACCGGACAGAGCUAGCUCGACCGCAUUGCCGUGUUCGUUCCACUGAGUUCGUGAGGACAAGAGUGAGGAACGUGCAAGAAAUAUUCUAAAGACGUAGAUAACAUUUAACUUCACUAAAUAAUCAUUUUUCUUUCCGUUUUUUUAAUUUUUUAUUUUCAAUUCCCCUGCUAAACUUAUUACUACUAUUAUAAUAAUAUACUUUUUUUGUUGUUCUUGUUGUUUGAAGUCAAACACAACUUUGACUUACGUAUCUCAACGUCAAAAAAUAUUAUUGGAUAUUCGAUUGAAUUAUUUUGUCUUUCCUCCUAAUUGAGACGAAUAAACGGAAGGAAGAUAACAACGGAAUAGAAGAGACACACACGCAUACGGACAGAAAAAGAAAGAGAGAAAGAGAGAGAGAGAGAGAGAGAAAGUAAAGAAACAACAUUUUGUGUUUCAAAAAUAUAAUUACGAUCAAAACUCUAUCAACCAUAGUUGAUCUUGGACGUUUCCCGCGCUUACGUUACACCUGUUAACGAGGAAACCGGUGCCGGCCCUUGACCAUCUAGAGAAAAUUGUUGGCACAAAUGAUGAAGGGUCGACACCACUUUCGACGACGAUUUAGUCUCCAACCAUCGUCGUUGAAAGAAGGACAGGAAGAUGGAACGACGAAAAAUGCUAGAAACGAAAGAUUAUCGGAAUCGGAUAGCGGUGGUGGCGAUGGAAAAUCAGCCGAAAGUUCUGUAAGACAUAAAAUAGUAGUAAUGGGUGCUGCCAAGGUUGGCAAAUCGGCAAUAAUCAAUCAAUUUCUUUACGCUACCUUCACGCCAAAAUAUAAACGCACCGUUGAGGAAAUGCAUCAUGGUGACUUUAACGUAUCCGGUAUUCAUUUAAUUCUCGACAUCUUGGACACUUCCGGCUCUUACGAAUUUCCAGCUAUGAGAGAUCUGUCUAUUAAAUCGGCGGAUGCGUUUGUCUUAGUCUACGAUGUGAACGAUGUCAAUACAUUUCACGAAGUGAAAACCUUGAGGACGUUGAUAUUGAAUACGAAAGGAGUGGUACCUAUCGUUGUCGUUGGUAAUAAAUUGGAUCUGGUGGAGAAGGAGCAAGAGGUUGACAGCGAGAGUACCAGAGAAUUGGUGACAUCCAAAUGGGAAAAUGGUUUCGUCCAAGCCAAAUUGAAAUACAACUUGAGUCCAGCGUUACGUAGAAGACGUCGUCAAUCUUUACCACCGCCUCCGCAUUUGAAUUCGCGCAGUAGCAGCGCUCACGUACCAUCGCCGGCGCAAUUGCAACAUUUGCAACAAAUACGAGAACGUGCUGAAUCUAAAAGAAAUUCAUGUAUUUUGUCGUAAAAACAUACACACACACACACACACACAUACAUAAGCAUUUACAUAUGUAAACAAUACGAUACUUUACAAUGAUCUCUCUCUUUUCUGUUCGAAACUUUCAAUUACCUAGAGUUAUACAUAAUUUCACCAUUUGCUAACGUAAUCGAUUCUAGGAUUAAGCUUAUAUAAAUGGGGUAUAUAUUUGAAAGGAUUUAUUAAAGGAUUUAUAAAGGAUUAACGUUAAUUAUAUAACGUAGUUCCUUUGCUCAGAAAAUGAUUACUCCUUUUUCAGCAACAUUGAAAGAUAGAAUAAUUCUAAGAUGUCAUUCAAUCUUAAAUAUCUACAUUCACGUAUACAUGGAUGAAUUGAAAAGUCUUGACCCUUAACACAUAGAAAUAACUUUCUUUUUUUUUCUCUUAUCCAACUAACUCGUAUUACAAAAAUAAGAGGCUUUUCUUUUUUCUUUUUUCUUGAGGCUCACAACUUUUCAAUACAUCCUCAUAGAUUUUUCUUUUUUCUUCGUCGUAGAUCUGUUUGUUAGAUUUUUGAUUUUAUUUUAUAGAAAAGUAAAAUAUAAUCGAAUUACGAAUUUAAACGUCAUUCAAUAAAAUUUAUUCGAUCGAUAGUGAAACUUAUUGACCAACUUUAAACGAUAGGAUAGAUAUAAUACACCCACUAAUACAGGAUAAAUCAUAUAAAACGUAGAACAUUUUUUGAUCUAUAGAUAGUAUAUACAUAUAUAUAUAUAUAUAUAUACCUUAACAGAUGGUGUAAAUAUAAAAUACAUAUACCUGUAUCUGUAACACGUCCGAUAUAGAUACGAAAUAGUUACAUUUCAAGCCACUCGUUGUGAUAAACCGUAUACAUUGUCUGAUCGCCUUAAAAAUAAAAAAAUUAAAAAAUAAAAAAAUGAAAAAUAUCGUGAAUAUAUUCAUCUUCAUGAAACGUUCCAAUAUUUUCUAAAAUCAUGUUCUUCUCUUACCAGAAGAGACUAAGAAGUGUAAAUCUCAGAUUUUUUUUUCAAAUUUUACACACUUGUAGUACUUCAUGAAAAAAUACAUUGUGCUUUUGAACUAGGAGACAUACAUGGCCAACCGUUUGCGAAACAGCUGUAAACUAUUACAACUAAAAGAAUACACAUUUAUUUGAAAUUUCAAUUGGCGUUUUUUUCGCAAACGCCUGGAUAUUUGCAACAAGUUUAAAGGUACAAUGAUACUUCUAAUGGAUUAGUACAAGUAUACCAAAUUUCACAAAAAUCUGAGGGGGGGGGGACGAUCGCACUGUCUCCUUUGUUAGAAAAAUUUCCUGGUAUUAAGAGAACAAUCAUAAGACUUUCAAUGGAUUAUCACAGACAUCAGCAGCUUGAAAGCAACGUACUAAAUUUUCAAUUGAUUUUUUAUAUAAAUUGAAUUUUAUCAAUCUUAAAAAUCAAACUCAUAUUAAAGUAUUGUAAAAGAAACCUUCUGUAUGAGAUUUAAA